AUGAGCAUUUUAACAGCGCCCAACGAGCCGUCGCCACAUCAUCAUUCGCACCACCAUCAUCAUAAUCAUCUGCACCAUUUGAAUCAUUUGAAUCAUUAUCCGUUGCAUCCACCGCCGGUCAACAUGUCCAUGUCCACCUCAUCCAAUUUGAAGCCAAAUCGAUCACGUUUCAUGAUCAAUGACAUUCUCGCGGGCAGCGCUGCCGCUGUCAGCGCCGCUGCCUUCUACAAGCAGCAGCAGCAGCAGCAGCACCACAACAACAACAACAACACAAAUAAUAACAACAAUCUUAAUAUCAAUAACAAUAACAAUAACAAUGAGAAUUUGGAAACGGAUGCAUCGCGUACAUCUCCGCCUGUUGCAAUGGGCUCCAACGGCUUGAAUGUGGCUCAAUAUGCGGCGGCCAUGCAACAACAUUAUGCCGCUGCCGCCGCAGCAGCAGCCGCCCGCAACAAUGCAGCUGCCGCCGCCGCCGCCGCAGCUGCCGUUGGAGCCGCUGGCGAUGCAGCAGCGCCGUCGGCAGAGUUGGAUGAUAGCAGCGAUUAUCACGAGGAGAAUGAGGACUGCGACAGCGAUGAGGCCGGCAGCGCUGGUGGAAUGGGUGGAGGAGGAGGGGGAGGCGGUGGCGGCGGUCACAUGGAUGAUCACAGCGUUUGUAGUAAUGGUGCCAAAGACGAUGAUGGCAACAGCAUCAAGAGCGGUUCCACCAGCGACAUGAGCGGUCUGAGCAAAAAGCAACGUAAGGCACGUACCGCCUUCACGGAUCAUCAGCUGCAGACGCUGGAGAAGUCCUUCGAGAGGCAAAAGUAUCUCAGUGUCCAAGAGCGUCAGGAAUUGGCACACAAAUUGGACUUGAGUGAUUGCCAGGUGAAGACUUGGUAUCAAAAUCGCAGAACCAAAUGGAAACGUCAGACUGCUGUCGGGCUGGAGUUGCUCGCCGAGGCCGGCAACUUUGCGGCCUUUCAGCGUUUGUACGGCGGUUCGCCGUAUUUGGGCGCUUGGCCGUAUGCGGCAGCUGCUGGCGCAGGAGCGGCUGCGGCAGUCGCACAUGGGGCGCCACCACAUUCCAGUAUUGAUAUCUAUUAUCGUCAGGCGGCUGCUGCGGCAGCGAUGCAGAAACCGUUGCCCUACAAUCUCUAUGCGGGCGUACCCAGCGUGGGUGUUGGACCAUUGGGGGCGGCUGGCACGCCCUUUUCGCAUCUAUCCGCCUCCAGUUCGCUGUCCUCGCUGAGCAGCUACUAUCAGAGUGCGGCGGCAGCAGCGGCGGCGGCAAAUGGCAGCGCUCCAGGUGCACCACCGCCACCGCAACCGCCGCCAUCAGCCGCCGCAGCUGGCAUCAUCCACAAGCCGCAGCCUUUGGCGAAUUCACCGGGACAACCGCUUGGCUGCAGUGCAUCCGCAUCCGCAUCUGCAUCCGCAUCGCCAGCACAUCCGCCCUCAACGCCAAGUCCCACGUUGAAUCCGGGAAGUCCGCCAGGACGCUCCGUGGACAGCUCGCAGGCACAGUCCGAUGACGAGGAUCAGUUGCAAGUCUAAAGUAA